AUGGAAAUAAAAGUCCAACGCUCCAGAGAGAGACAGAGAAAUUGCCUAACCACUCCACAUCAACUGAGGGGAGAAAACAGGCAAAGGAACACUGUGAACAUGGCCUCAGACAUCCGCAUGCCAGGUCCAGUGUGCCUCAUUGAGAACACUAACGGGCGACUAGUGGCUAAUCAGGAAGCUCUGAAGAUCCUGUCUGCCAUUACACAGCCUGUUGUGGUGGUGGCUAUCGUGGGCCUCUACCGCACAGGCAAAUCCUACCUGAUGAACAAGCUGGCUGGGAAGAAAAAGGGCUUCUCAAUGGGCUCCACAGUGCAGGCUCAGACCAAAGGAAUCUGGAUGUGGUGUGUGCCCCAUCCCAAGAAACCAAACCGUGUCUUAGUUCUGCUUGACACUGAGGGCCUGGGAGACGUGGAGAAGGGUGACGACCAGAAUGACUCCUGGAUCUUUGCCCUAGCAAUACUCCUGAGCAGCACCUUCAUAUACAACAGCAUGGGAACCAUCAACCAGCAGGCCAUGGACCAACUGCAGUAUCCUUUUAGUGGUCCAGAACAGCACCAAAGUCAGAAGGAGAACUGUAUUUAAAAA